CUUCAUCACUCCCGUUUUCAUUGAUUAUUGUUCUUGUUACCCCAUCGUUAUUAAAUUAUUGUCUCUAUUAUUACAAGAGUGCAAACUGGAAAUGAGUCAUUGAUUGACCCCUCCCCUCGUAUACCCCACCCACUAUUUCUCCUUCCCAGCUCCCUACCACUCUCUCCCUCCUCCACUCCCACUAGAAAAAGAAAGGAAGGAAGCUGAAACGGAGAGGUACCACCUUGAUUCCUUGCUUCCUUCCUUUACGAUGGCAGCUGAGUGGGAGAUUGGAAUGGGAAUGGAUUUUGGAAUGGGGAUGGGACCGGGAGCUUCUGCUGCUGCUGCACCGCUUACCGCUACGGCUGCUCCCGCUUACCUCUACGGACUUCCCUCCGCCGACACCCUCCGCAUCGACGAUCUCCUCGACUUUUCCAACCAUGACCACUUCCCCUCCAUGGAAGCCCACCUCCUCCCCCCGCCUGAGCCAUCCUCCGCCGUCACCGCCACCACCCGUCCUCCUUUCUCCGGCGAAACCGACUCCUCCUCCGAUUUCCAGCCCCACCACCACCCUUCCUCCUUUCCAGACGACCUUUACAUUCCCAGCGAGGAGGCGGCGGAGCUCGAAUGGCUGUCCAAGUUCGUCGAGGACUCCUUCUCCGACAUCCCCUACCCCCCCGCCGCCACCGGCGUCGCCACCCCAGCCGGCGGUGCUCACCUCCGAGCGGAGCCCUCCGUCCCCGGGAGGGGCGCCAGGAGCAAGCGCUCCCGGGCCCCUACCGGCUCUGCUGCAGCCGUCGCCUGGUCUUCCCUCCAACCGCCGUCUCAAUCCUCGCCAUCGUCGUCGUCGUCGUCGUCCGAUUUCCCGCAGUCCAAACCGAAGGCGAGCGCCGGCGAUAAUAGUAACAACGGGAGGGGAAAGAAAGGUGGAGGGGAGAUCGUGGAGGGCGGGGUUCGGCGGUGCACGCACUGCGCGUCGGAGAAGACGCCGCAGUGGCGGACGGGGCCGCUGGGGCCGAAGACGCUGUGCAACGCGUGCGGGGUCCGGUACAAGUCCGGCCGCCUGGUGCCGGAGUACCGGCCGGCGGCUAGCCCCACCUUCGUCCUCACCCAGCACUCCAACUCCCACCGCAAGGUCAUGGAGCUCCGCCGCCAGAAGGAGAUCCUCCUCCGCCACGAAAACCCCACCUCCCCCUCGUCCGCCUCCGCCGCCGCCGUCUCCGUCACCGCCGCCACCGCCCCGCGACCGGAGCUCCUCUUCCACGACUACGGCGUCUGCUAACCCUCGCCGGCGCCGCCGCCUUCGCCGCCUCUACUCUUCUCAUCGGGAAUUAACUUUUCCCCUAAUUUCCUGUUUCUAGAUUUCGGCUCCCCAUAUCGGACGGUUGGGAUUUAUCAAGAUCUUUUCGUUUUUUUCCACCGCCCCGCGACUGGAGCUCCUCUUCCACGACUACGGCGUCUGCUAACCCUCGCCGGCGCCGCCGCCUUCGCCGCCUCUACUCUUCUCGUCGGGAAUUAACUUUUCCCCUAAUUUCCUGUUUCUAUAAAUUCUUAGAUUUCGGCUCCCCAUAUCGGACGGUUGGGAUUUAUCAAGAUCUUUUCGUUUUUUUCCGACAAUAUUCGUUUCUUUUUUUUUUUAAAUAAUUUGAGUUGUUAUUUUCUCGUGUGGUACGAUAAUACGGUCGGGGAGCGGGCAGGGGGAUGGUGAUGUUAGCGCGAUAGGGAUGGGAAGCCACGUGACAUGCGGCUGCCGCUGCAUUCAACGCUGGUAAAAAGCGAAAAGAUAUUCUGGUCACGUGACAGGACCGUUGCAUAUGAUGAUGAUGAAUGGUUGCAAAGAUGGGAACCAACAGCAGGUCACGUUACACCCUCUCUCCCAUCAUUAACUCUAUACCAUUCAUCACCAACUUUAUUUUGAUGAUGAUGAUGAUGGUUGUUAGGACAAAGAAACAGACAUCCCGGGUUGAUUCUUUUACAAGCAUUGGAACUAAACUAUUUUGGAGGCAAAAAAAAAAAAAGGUGCAAUGGAUCCGCUAAUGGUUGCAUACGAAUGCAAGCUAAAAUACUUAGAUGACAGUCUUUCCCAAAUCAUGCACCAAGCUAUGUUUGGAUCCUUGCAGUCCUUUGUCCAGUUGAAUCACCCUCCAUCUCUUUAGGCAGGUCCCGCCAAUAAUUUUAGCCCUAAGCAAUGUUCCACCAUGGUUUGGAGAAGCAUGACUAACCUUGGUUACCGUUGCUCCGUUACUCUAUUUACUUUGUCCUUGGGGUGGACACUGGCACCUGUUUAACGGCAUCAAAUUUCAGUUUCACUCUGGUGCCUCUUUUCCCCAAACUCUGCAUUCGCAAGCAAUAAAAAAUUCUGAU